CCGACGCCCCUCCCCCCAUCGCGUCGCGCCGCCCUCGUCUCGACGCUGCGCCGCCCCUCGACCACGAUGCCGCGCCGCCCCUCGACCCUCGACGCCGCGCCGGGCCCCUCAUCUCGACGCCGCCCACCUCAUCUCAACGCGGCUCCUCGUCCCCGACGUCGCUCGUCGUCCCUAACGCCGUCCCUCCCGACGCUGCCCUUCCCGGCACCGCCCCUCGUCCCCGCGCCGCCCCUCCUAACGGAGAGGCGGAUCCGGAUGCGGCGGCCGGCCGCAGCCCUGCGGCCAUGAGCAAGCCAGAGGAACGGAGCGCGGCGGCCGGGGAUGCCAGGUUGGUGGCAGCGCAGAGGAAGACCAGCAUGUCGGCCAUGUCUGACCCCUCGUUGCCAUCCUGGACCGCGAUGGCCGCACCUACUCCUACGCCCAUGCCCUCGAGCUCGGCGGCGGCGGCUGCGACAGUGGAGGACGGUGACAGCCACCUCCACCAACAUCGUCGUCGUCCGCAGGCUGAGCACAUGAAGAGAUCUCCUGUGGCUACCCCUAUAGAAAAUGAGGAUUACCUCUCUAGUGGUUUUCCGACAGCAAGGACUCCAGUGGUGGAGGUCAUUAUGCCGUUGCGCAGAAUUUCUCAAAGAGACAAGCGGACUAGAGUUUCCACAUCUGAUUUGGCAAGAACUAACCGGGCCAAGCGAGCAAGGUAUGCAGUUGGUUCUCCUACUAUCAGGAUUAUCAAUCACAAGCAAUUGUCUACACCAACAACUCAAAGGUCUCCAAGAAGCUCGACACCUCUGAGUCGACGUGGCUCAAGAACCAAAGAUACAUCUAGGCAACUGAGAUAUGUUUAUUGGAAGGAAUUUGAUCCAAUUACUGAAAAUGGUGGGAUCCUACAUGCAAGAUGGUAUUUAUGUGUCACUUGUCAUUGGAUCUCAAGUGAGUGGAAGAUGAACAAACGAAUUAUCAAAUUCGUAAUGAUGGAGUCACCACACAAUGCACAGUCUAUGUUUAUUGCUAUACUAAAGGGUAUUCAGGACUGGAACAUUGAGGAUAAGCUUUUUAGCAUAACUUUAGACAAUGCCAAGGUUAACAAUUCAAUGAUGGACUUGUUGAAAGCGAAUUUGCUGUUGAAGAAAAUGCUACCAUGUGAAGGGAAUCUUUUUCAUGUUCACUGUGGUGCACAUGUCAUUAACCUGGCAGUUCAAUAUGGAUUAAGAAAAAUCAGUGGUAUAGUGAGCAAUAUUAGAGAGAGUGUGAAGUACAUCAAGAGUUCACAAUCUCGUAGAGAAAAAUUUGAGGAAAUAGCUGUCCAAAUGGGAAUAUCACUUGAGAAACAGCCCACCCUUGAUAUCUCUACAAGUUGGAACUCUACAUAUCUCAUGCUUCAAUCUGCAUGUCCAUUUAAGACAGUUUUGAUGAAUUGGGAAACCAAGACAAAAGUUUCACUACUGCACCAACAUUGGCUGAAUGGAUAAGGUCUAAAGCUGUUCGCGAAUUCUUGAAGACAUUUUAUGAUGCCACCAAUGUGCCGUCUGGAUCCUCUUAUCCUACAGCAAACUUAUAUUUCCAUCAGCUUUGGAAGAUCAAGUUAGCAAUGGAUAAGGAGAUAUCUAAUUCAGAUCAAUACAUUGUAGCUAUGGUUAAAGAGAUGCAGAAAAAGUUUAUGCAGUAUUGGAGGAUUACAUACCUAUCCUUCUCUGUUCCUGUUAUUCUUGAUCCCAGAUUCAAAUAUUCUUUUGUGGACUUCUGGUUGAAUCAAUUUUUUGGAGAAGAUGCAGUUCCAAAGUUGGGUAGAAUUAUGAGGACACUUAGGAAGCUUUUUAGUGAAUAUUUUCAAACAAAUAGAGCUGAAUUAGAACCUCAAACACAUUGUGCUCAAGAAAAUAUUCAGAAGGAUGAUUCUUUUGAUGAUUGGGACCAACACCAGCGGGCUCAACUAAGAACUCAGUCUUCAAGUGAGCUCAAUGCGUAUCUAGCUGAAAAUACCGUUCCGAGAACUGAAGAUUUUGAUAUUUUGGGAUGGUAGAAAUAAAAAUCGACAACAUAUCCAGUUCUUGCUCGCAUGGCUUGUGAUGUCCUGUCAGUGCCAGCGUCUACUGUACCAUCGGAGUCAGCAUUUAGUACUGGGGAGAGAGUGGUCAGUGAUUUCCGGAGCAGACUAAGCAUGGAUACAGUUGAAGCCUUGAUUUGUCUUUAGGACUGGAUGUAAGCAGCGGCCCCAUCACCAGAGAAGCUAGUACUUGAAGUGGUGACACAACCUGUUUAUAAAAUUUCAAUACCUACCAACCUAGGAAGUGAUCAUGUAGUGGAACAUAUUGAGGAUCAUUUAGACCUUUCUUCAGAGGCAUGACAACCAGCUUUACAUGCAAAGGGUGCUGGUCCCUCCAUCAUUCAGCAGGAGCAGAGUUCCCCUUCCCCUCCAACAUUCAGCUAUGGCAGGAUAAAGUCAAGGUCCAUUCAUGCUGGAUCAAGUCAAGGUCCAGCCUAUCAAGACAUGCUAUAAUUUAGCUCAUUGUUUGAGCAGAUGGAUUAAUAUUUAUAUGUUAUACUAUUGUAAGCGCUGAACUUUUUUUUUCACCAAAAGUGAAAGCUUGUAGCAACUGCUUGUGUGCAGCUUGUUGAAGUCCCAUGAAUGUUGCUUCAGUUGCAUGACAGAAAAAACAUGUACGCUCAGAUCUAGAGCGUAGGUGUGUGAUUUGGUGCUGGUGCAGGACGGAUCUAUUGCUUGCAAGAUGAUGUCUCUGUCAUCAUAAUUUUGAAUGUAUUGGCAGCCGCAGAUGGCUAGCAGUGCACA